UUUAUUUCUGGAAUUUCCCGUUUAAUAUUUUCAGAUCACAGUUGCCCCUGGGUAACUGAAACUGCAGAAAGCAAAAAGCUGGAGAUAAAAGGGCUGUGCGUAUGCAAAGCUCACUGAAGGCCACGCAUUGAAUCCUCUCCAUUUGUGCAACUCCAGACAUCGGGACUUGCCUUCGGAGUCCUUUUACUUGAUGCGACCUUGGGCCAUUCACAUCCCAUCUCCAGACCUCAGUUUCCCCACCUGUACAAGGAUUAUGAGCUCCCCAUCUGCCAAGGCAUAUCAAACCUAAUCGAGAUGGAUUCAAUGAGUAGCUCGGUGAGAGCAUUAAGCAAUUGGUUCAGAGCCGGGAGAAAUGACUGGUAACAUUUACUGCUCUACCGCCAAAUCAAAAUCUCCCGGUUACUGCAAGGUCUUUUGAGCUGUUCCGGGAAAGGCGUGGUCAGGCCACGGCGAGCCACACCCCCAACACUAGGGCGGUCUUCGCCGCGCCCAACCCUGCGGCCCAAGGUUGGGACCCAGCGGUGAAAACCUACUACUCCCUAUAUAACCAUCCGCCAGAGAGAAAGUAGUUCCCAACCCAUAGCGGACUCCGUCAACCAUACUAGGCGACAUAUAAAAUUCUAGCUUCUGUCUAGAGUCAGCGAUGGUUCUGAGGCCUCGGAGUCACCUUCCGGCACACUGGAAACCUGUUUUUCACCCGGUCGUCGUAGAAAGUAGUUCCGGCCUACGAUAGGCUGAUGGGUCCCUCCGCAGCAGGGGAAAGAAGAUGGCGACCUCGUCGAUGCCGGAGUCGGAGAAGAACGCGCCUACGAAAGGGUCAGAUUGAAGGCCCCAGACCCCGCACCCCCUUGUCAGGCGGGCCCCCGAGCCCAUGGAGGAGAACGAGGUGGAGAGCAGUAGUGACGCGGCCCCUGGGCCUGGCCAGCCUGAGGAGCCCUCUGAGAGCGGCUUGGGUGUGGGCACCUCGGAAGCCGUGUCCGCCGACAGCAGCGACGCCGCCGCGGCCCCGGGGCCAGCGGAGGCCGACGACACCGGAGUGGGGCAAAGCUCGGACCGCGGCAGCAGCUCUCUGGAGGAGGUAUCUGAGAGCAGCUCAAGCACGGAUCCCCUGCCCCAUGGCUACCUCCCUGAUUCAUCUUCUGUGUCCCAUGGAUCAGUCGCAGGGGUGACAGGUGGCCCCCCGGCCCUCGUGCACUCCAGUGCACUCCCAGACCCCAACAUGCUGGUGUCUGACUGCACAGCUUCUUCCUCAGACCUGGGCUCGGCCAUCGACAAGAUCAUCGAGUCCACCAUUGGGCCCGACCUCAUCCAGAGCUGCAUCACUGUGACCAGUGCUGAGGAUGGUGGGGCAGAGACCACGCGGUACCUGAUCCUGCAGGGACCAGAUGAUGGUGCCCCCAUGGCAUCGCCAAUGUCCAGUUCCACCCUGGCCCACAGCCUGGCAGCCAUCGAGGCCCUGGCCGACGGCCCCACGUCCACAUCCACGUGCCUGGAGCCAGCUGAGGAGGCCCGGGGUGGGCCCAGCUCCCCAGGACAGCCUCCCCCGGCUUCUGGCACCGAGGAGCCAGACCUGCAGAGCCUGGAGGCCAUGAUGGAGGUGGUGGUAGUGCAGCAGUUCAAGUGCAAGAUGUGCCAGUACCGAAGCAGCACCAAGGCCACCCUGUUGCGCCAUAUGCGGGAGCGGCACUUCCGUCCAGCAGCUGCAGCUGGUAAGAAGGGGCGUCCACGGAAGUGGGGCGCCUCGACCAAGACCCAGGAGGAAGAGGCACCAGAGGAGGAAGAGGAUGACGACAUCGUAGAUGCCGGUGCCAUCGAUGACCUGGAGGAGGACAGCGACUACAAUCCAGCUGAAGACCAGCCCCGGGGUCGACAGCUGCGACCCCAGCGCCCCACCCCCAGCACACUGCGACCCCGAAGGAGGCCCGGCCGGCCCCGGAAGCUGCCUUGCCUAGAGACGUCGGAGUUCCCAGAUGGUGUGGAAGGAGAGCCUCUAGUGAGUUCCCAGAGUGGACAGAGCCCUCCGGAGCCACAGGACCCCGAAGCACCGAGCUCCUCAGGCCCAGGACGCCUGGUGGCCCUGGGCAAGGCCGAUAGGGUCCCCGUGGACCCCAGCGUGAGCCAGUCGGAUGCCGAGAACACAGCACCCACCUGUCAGGAGGAGCCUGACACCCCGCCCCGCCGCCGUGGCCGACCCUCCAGGCGCUUCCUAGGCAAGAAAUACCGCAAGUACUACUACAAGUCGCCCAAACCGCUUCUGCGUCCCUUCCUGUGCCGCAUCUGCGGCUCCCGCUUCCUGUCCCACGAGGACCUGCGCUUCCACGUGAACUCCCACGAGGCCGGAGACCCCCAGCUCUUCAAGUGCCUGCAGUGCAGCUACCGCUCCCGCCGCUGGUCCUCACUCAAGGAGCACAUGUUCAACCAUGUGGGCAGCAAGCCCUACAAGUGUGACGAGUGCAGCUACACCAGCGUCUACCGGAAAGACGUCAUCCGGCAUGCAGCUGUGCACAGCAGGGACCGGAAGAAGAGGCCAGAUCCAACCCCGAAACUGAGCUCCUUCCCCUGUCCCGUGUGUGGCCGUGUCUACCCCAUGCAGAAGAGACUCACACAGCACAUGAAGACACACAGCACUGAGAAGCCCCAUAUGUGUGACAAGUGUGGAAAGUCCUUUAAGAAGCGCUACACCUUCAAGAUGCACCUGCUCACACAUAUCCAGGCUGUCGCCAACCGCAGAUUCAAGUGCGAGUUCUGCGAGUUUGUGUGCGAGGACAAGAAGGCACUGCUGAACCACCAGCUGUCCCAUGUCAGCGACAAGCCCUUCAAAUGCAGCUUCUGCCCCUACCGCACCUUCCGGGAGGACUUCCUGCUGUCCCACGUGGCUGUCAAGCACACAGGGGCCAAGCCCUUCGCUUGCGAGUACUGCCACUUCAGCACGCGGCACAAGAAGAACCUGCGCCUGCACGUGCGGUGCCGACACGCAAGCAGCUUCGAGGAAUGGGGGCGGCGCCACCCCGAGGAGCCCCCGUCCCGCCGUCGCCCCUUCUUCUCCCUGCAGCAGAUUGAGGAGCUGAAGCAGCAGCACAGUGUGGCCCCUGGACAGCUCCCCAGCUCCCCGGGACUGCCCGAGGUCCCUUCAGAGGCAGCGCCUUUCCAGUCGCCUGAGACGCCCCCACUGCUCUGCUCUGACACCCUGGGUGGCGCUACCAUCAUCUACCAGCAGGGAGCUGAGGAGUCAACCGCUAUGGCCACGCAGACAGCUUUGGAUCUGCUGCUGAACAUGAGCGCCCAGCGGGAGCUGGGGGGCGCGGCACUGCAGGUGGCCGUGGUGAAGUCGGAGGAUGGGGAAGCACAGUUGGCAGCCCCCGGUGGGCAGCCCUCCCCCGCGGGCGCCGCCGCACAAGUGGUAACCCUCCACGUGGCAGAGCCGGGGGGCGGGGUGGCAGCCGAGAGCCAGCUAGGCCCCCCUGACCUACAGCAGAUCACCCUGGCGCCCGGUCCCUUCGGCGGGGCUGGGUACAGCGUCAUCACAGCACCCCCUAUGGAAGAGGGGACAUCCGCUCCUGGCACACCCUACAGUGAGGAGCCCCCAGGAGAGGCAGCCCAGACUGUGGUUGUGAGCGACACCCUGAAGGAAGCUGGCACCCACUACAUCAUGGCAGCCGACGGGACCCAGCUGCAUCACAUCGAGCUGGCUGCAGACGGCUCCAUCUCCUUUCCAAGCCCCGAUGCGCUCGCCUCCGGAGCCAAGUGGCCUCUGCUGCAGUGUGGGGGGCUGCCCAGGGAUGGCCCUGCGUCCCCGUCUCCAGCCAGGACCCGCCUGGCGGGGGACCCCCAGGGCUCUGCCUCCCCACCACCUACAAGCAGCAAAGCUCUGGGCCUAGUAGUGCCCCCCUCACCGCCAUCCGCAGCCACCGCAUCAUCCAAGAAAUUUUCCUGCAAGAUCUGUGCCGAGGCCUUCUUCGGCCGAGCUGAGAUGGAGAGUCACAAACGGGCCCACGCCGGCCCAAGCGCCUUCAAGUGCCCCGACUGCCCCUUCAGCGCCCGCCAGUGGCCCGAGGUCCGGGCCCACAUGGUGCAGCACUCUGGCCUGCGGCCCCACCAGUGCAGCCAGUGCAGCUUUGCCUCCAAGAACAAGAAGGACCUGCGGCGGCACGUGCUGACCCACACCAACGAGAAGCCUUUCUCGUGCCACCUCUGCGGGCAGCGUUUCAACCGGAACGGGCACCUCAAGUUCCACAUCCAGCGCCUGCACAGUCCUGAUGGGAGAAAGGCAGGGACCCCUACUGCCCGGGCCCCGGCCCAGCCCCCCACCCAGACCAUCAUCCUGAACAGUGACGACGAGACACUGGCCACACUGCACACCGCCCUGCAGUCCAGUCAUGGGGUCCUGGGCCCAGAGCAGCUCCAGCAGGCCCUGGGCCAGGAGCACAUCAUCGUGGCCCAGGAGCAGACAGUGACCAAUCAGGAGGAAGCCACCUACAUCCAGGAGAUCACCACAGCAGAUGGCCAGACAGUGCAGCAUCUGGUGACCUCCGACAACCAGGUACAGUACAUCAUCUCUCAGGACGGAGUGCAGCACCUGCUCCCCCAGGAGUACGUUGUGGUCCCAGAGGGCCAUCACAUCCAGGUACAGGAGGGCCAGAUCACGCACAUCCAGUACGAACAAGGGGCCCCGUUCCUUCAGGAGUCCCAGAUCCAGUAUGUGCCUGUGUCCCCAGGCCAGCAGCUUGUCACACAGGCCCAACUUGAGGCUGCAGCACACUCGGCUGUGACAGCGGUGGCUGACGCUGCCAUGGCCCAAGCCCAGGGCCUGUUUGGCACAGAGGAGACGGUGCCUGAACACAUCCAGCAGCUUCAACACCAGGGCAUCGAGUACGACGUCAUCACCCUGACCGAUGACUGAGCCCCAGGGCACAACGCAGACCACGGAUGUUGGGGCCAGCCCUGCAGGGGUGGGGGACCCCCACCAGGACUCAUGUCCUUGCUCCACCUGGGGUCUCCGGAUACUGGGAAGCCAGCAUCCUGUCACUCCAGGGGAGCCAGACCUGUGCUGUGGGGGUUGGGGAACAGCCACGGGCGCCAGCCGGGACAUGCUGGGUGCCCCAGCCUGCAGGCAGGCUUUGGGAGAGAAAUUUAUUUUUGUUUGGAUGGACCCACUGGCCUCUCAGUCUCAAUAAAGGGACCAGAGUCCAGCCCUGGCCAGCUCAGUUUGUCCACUUGUUGCUACAGCGUGAAGCAGGCAAGACUUGGGGAGCGGAAGGAAAGGUGGAGCCUGUGACAGCCACAGGGGGGAGUGAGGUGGAGGUGGCCUGGCCCGCAGUGCAUCCAGCCUCGCCUGUGUAAGUACAGUGGCCCCAAAGCAGCGCAGGCCUGACACAGCCCGCGAGAGCCCCCAGCUCCCACGCUGACCCCGAGGGGCACCUGCUCCACACACUAGUCCACAAAGGGCAGUGCAGCCAGGAGGCCACUUAACAGAGGCUGUGGCAAGGCCUGCGAUGGCUCUGAGCUGCAUUUCCUCGACCCUUGACUGUACAACACCUGCUGCCCACUCACUGCACCAGUCCCAGGGCCAGCAGGUGUCCGGCUUUCUUGCUGGGGACAGCCACCCGUCCUCUGCUCUCCAGGGGGACUAGCACAGGCUCAGAAGUGGGAGUGUGGGGCUUACCAGAUGGGUGGUGCAGGGCUCUGGACUCCAGACCUGCUGGGCAGAGGCUGAAGCCACCAGGGUCCCA